GAAAUUGCCCUGUCAGGAGAACUGUGGUUUCUGCAAAGUGUUGUGCUGUUAGCUGCUUGUCCAUUGCUAGCUAAGGUCAUAUUUCACUUUUGGGCAAGUUUGCUCAAAAUGCAAGGCGAGAAGCUGGAACCAGUAAAUUACUAUGUGGGAAUUGAUGUUGGCACAGCAAGCGUUCGUGCGGCUUUGGUAGACCAAUUUGGGACGGUAGUGGCUUACGCAGACCAGCCAAUUCAAAUUUGGGCACCACAACCAGGCUACUAUGAGCAAUCCUCUGAUGACAUCUGGGCUGCUUGUUGUAUAGUUACAAAGAAAGUUAUCCAAGGAAUUGAUAUUUCUCAAAUUCGAGGACUUGGCUUUGAUGCUACCUGUUCCCUUGUUGUUCUCAAUAGCCAUUUCCAGCCCUUGGCAGUUAACUUGGAAGGAGAAUGCAGCAGAAACAUUAUCAUGUGGAUGGACCACCGUGCAGCUGAUCAAGUGGCACGCAUCAAUGGGACACAGCAUGAUGUCUUGCGCUUUGUUGGUGGUGCAGUAUCUGUUGAGAUGCAGCCGCCUAAGUUGCUAUGGAUGAAAGAAAAUUUGCGAGAGUCUUGCUGGGAAAAGGCUGAGUACUUCUUUGAUCUGCCGGAUUUCUUGUCGUGGAAAGCAACAGGUGCCACUGUGAGGUCUUUGUGUACGUUGGUGUGUAAAUGGAUGUACUCUUCAGAGAAAGGCUGGGAUGAUAGUUUCUGGAAACAGAUUGGAUUAGAAGAUCUGGUGGCAAACAAUUAUGCAAAGAUAGGAAAUGAAGCUCUCGCUCCAGGAGCUCCAGUUGGAAAUGGUCUAACUGCAGAGGCUGCAAAAGACCUGGGCCUUUCAAAGGGGAUGGCCGUAGCUGCUUCUCUGAUUGAUGCACAUGCUGGAGGAAUAGGCAUGAUUGGAGCCAAUGUGAAGGGGCAGAACCUGCUCUGUGAAAAUCAACCAAUAACAUCCCGAAUUGCUGUGAUAUGUGGAACAUCUUCAUGCCACAUGGUGAUAAGCAAGAGCCCUGUCUUUGUCCCUGGGGUUUGGGGACCCUAUUACUCAGCGAUGGUGCCAGGUUUCUGGCUAAAUGAGGGAGGCCAAAGUGCUACAGGUAAACUGGUUAAGCUACUGUCAAUUGAACCCUACACAUGUUCACUCAGAAAACACAUUGUCCAAGGACAUGCCGCUUUCCCAGAACUACAAACAAAAUCUGCAGCCAGUGCUCAAAGUAUAUAUGCAUACUUGAACAGUCACCUGGAUCUGAUUAAGAAAUCUUUGCCUGUGGGUUUCCUCACUGUUGAUUUACAUGUUUGGCCAGAUUUCCAUGGCAACCGAUCUCCCCUUGCAGAUCUGACUCUAAAGGGCAUGGUGGUGGGAUUGACAUUAUCUCAAGGCCUUGAUGAUCUUGCUCUUAUCUAUCUAGCAACAAUUCAGGCCAUUGCACUGGGAACGAGGCACAUUGUGGAAACCAUGCAAGCUGCAGGGCACCGUGUCAACACCAUCUUCAUGUGUGGUGGACUGAGCAAGAACCCGCUCUUUGUGCAGAUGCAUGCAGACAUCAUGGGCAUGCCUGUUGUGCUGGCUGAAGAAGUAGAAUCUGUUCUAAUGGGUGCUGCUAUUCUUGCGGCUUGUGCUUCUAAAGAUUUUGCUUCUCUUCAGGAUGCUAUGGAAAAGAUGGGGAGAGUUGGGAGAAUUGUGCUGCCAAACCACAAGGAUAAAAGAUUUUACGACAAGAAAUACCAGGUGUUUCUAAAACUUGUGCAACAUCAGCAAGAGUAUAAAACCAUAAUGCAGAAUGUGUAAUCAGCAUGAAGGGAAAAAUCGCUUAUGUUGGAAGAUUAUUUUUCCUCUAUCACAUUAUUGAUGAUUUUAUCUAAAUCAGUGACAAUCCACAAUGUUCCUUUAUUGCUAAUAAAAUGCAGAAUACUUUUAGCCUGUUGAGCAGGUUUUCCAGGCUAAUGCCAGACAUGAAUGCAGUGAAGGUUCGUCUGCCUCCAACAGACACAAAGGUCUGCCAGAUGAUAGUACUGGAACCAACAACUUUGCAGGGGAGGGGAGCUCUGUGGAGACACACGUAAAGCAGCCACUUAAUGCACUUUGCAGAGCAAAUUGCUGCAGGAUCACUAGAUGAUGUUUGCCGCCCCCUUUGCCCAUUAGCUUUGAAAUCUUGGGCAUACUGUAGCACUGGAACCAACUUUCUAGUCUAAAUUGUCCGAGUCAGCAUUUACAGCAAAUGUAACCAUGAUCAUUCAUAAUAAAAUUUUCUUCCUUGAAUGUUUUAUUCAAUGAUUUUAACUUAGACAUAAAAAUCACUGAACACAUCACUUAUUUGGAAACUUGUGAGUAUAGGUAAAAAAAAAGUGAGAUACACACUGAGUAUACAUAAAUAUUCACUCCCAGCCCAUAUUUCUCCUUGACACCCUAUUUUAAUUCUCAAUUCAUUUACCUUUUUACCUGUAUGCUUUCUGCAUCUCCUUGCUCUCCAAGCUGGCAUUCCCUUGCAGCAUAAAAGAACAGUAGGAAUUUCUGGUUAAGAAGUUGCAUAGUAGUUGGUUGAUCCUAAGUGAAGCCAGUAUUAACACAAAUGUCUGACUUGACUAAUCUUAUUUCUUUUGAACUCUGCUGCCUACCCAGGCCACCUUUCAUAAUUCUUAUCUGGGGUAGAAUGAGGCAUAGCUUGAACAGGUUUAGUUACCCUUAACAGCUCUGAAGCUGUUCAGGCAAGAAGAAACAGAACACAAUGGCUAGUAAGUUUAGGAGAGACCCUUCAAAGAAGAACUGGCCCACAUGUCUUGUAGAGAUGGUAUUUUUUCAAAAAUCUUGGUGUACUGAAAGCUCCAGAACAUUGUAAGCAAUAACUAUUUAUGCAUAUACUCUUAUGUAUGCCUAAUAAAUAAAACUCAUUUAAACACAGACACACAUUUAAAAACACAGGUACAAAAUGGAUUACAUUUAGAGUGUACUGAGAAUUUUCUUGCAUUACUGAUAAUUAUUUUCUUCAUACUAAUAUAAUCCCCUGCUUUUUAGUAAUUUUUCUGUGCUUAUCAAACAUAGUUGGUCCCCAGGCUUUCUUAAGUUAAUAUAAGGAUGUGCAUGAAACUGCAUACAAUAUACAAGCCUUCUAAGGAAAAAAAAAAUCCAACAGAAAAAGUAACAAAGGCUCAUGCCCAAAAUAAUCAGGCUGUAAUAUUCUCAGGUUACAUAUAAUCCCUUGUAUUUCAUUACUAGGCACUCGCUCACUUGCUUGUGUGUGCGCUCUCUCUCUCUCUCUCUCUCAUUUCCAUCUACAGUGUUUAAUUCUGGGCAAUAUUAUGGGGUGUAUUUUAUUUAUUUAUUUAAAACAUUUCUAUGCCG